GCCCGGCCGCCUAUUUGAAGGGCCCUACAGCUCCCUGACUUACUGUCUCUGGUUGGAGUUGGACGUUAUCCUCCGGGGUCCCAGCGCAGGCAGGAGAAUCUCAGGAGCAUUUCUUAUCCUCCGUCAUGGCCAAGCCAAUGUUUUGCAGAAAAUUGAACCUGACACCUGGAACAACCAUAAACGUAGUAGGAAGGAUACCACCUAGUUUCAGGCAUUUCAGAAUAGAGAUGGGAAAAGAUGGGAGUAACCUUGACAUGCACUUCAGCAUACGCUUCAACCACGAAGAUGAUUUAUGCAAGACUGUCUUUAACAGCAUGGUGGAUGGGAAGUGGGGCGAAGAACAAAGGGACUCGCAUUUCCCCUUUACAGGAAGAACUGUGGUGGAGCUUUCCGUGUUGUUUGAGGAGGAUUACUUUACAGUGACACUGCCUGAUGGCCAUAAGCUGAAGUUCCCAAAUCGCACUAAAGCAACCAAACUCGACUACUUGGGAACUGAUGGUGACAUCCAUGUCUCAAAACUGGCCUUCUCCUGA